UUCUCUUCUGGGGAAAAAGAAAAGGGGGGGUAAGGCAUUGCAAAUGCUGCGUUUCCAUUGCCUCCCCUCGUUUUUUAUUCUCCUUCAUUUAGGUGUAACUUUAUUUUAUGGUUUACCCUUUCGUUGGAUCAUCUACCUUGGUUUCGUUACCUCCUUGUUUUGCAUGGAAUCCAUUAGGGUUAAAAAAAGGGGUGCUUUCAACGUUUUAUUUGAAGAAACAGGCUCCGUCGUCAGCCGGAAACUGGCGAAAAUAAAAUGUUCCAUCGCCGGCGAAGAGGAGGUUAAAGAUUCAAAGGGUAGUUCACCAACGACGUCGUGUGAUGAUAAUGGUGGUGGUUCGCGUUUAACGAAUUGUAAUGAUUAUUUUUCAUUGGGGAGCUCUCCUUCGGGUGAUUCAACGCCAUCUUCGUACGUGAAUUCGCCGUGGUCAACGACGGCUUUGGUGGUCUACGAUUCGUCGAUAGAUGAUGAAUCGACCUGUUCUAAGGAGUUGAUUGGGUCAUUAGUACGUGAAGAAGGACAUGUUUAUUCAUUGGCUGUUAUAGGGGACUUGUUAUAUACAGGUUCUGAUAGUAAAAACAUACGUGUUUGGAUGAAACAAAAGGAAUUUUCAUGGUUUAAAUCACGUGGUGGAUUGGUUAAAGCGAUUGUCGUCGUCGGGAAUAAGAUAUUUACGGGUCAUCGAGACGGGAAAAUUCGAGUCUGGAAAGUUUCGACUAAGAUGGAUAAUAAUGGAGUACAUAAACGAGUUGGGUCGUUACCGACGAUUAGAGAUUAUAUAAAAGCCGCGAUUCAACCAAGACGGUACUUCGAAACGGAGCCUUGUCGUCGUGAUGUUUGGUUAAGACAUACGGAUGCAGUGUCGUGUUUGAGUUUUAACGAAGAUAAAACAUUGUUGUACUCUGCUUCUUGGGAUAAAACGUUUAAAGUGUGGCGUGUUUCGGAUUGGAAAUGUUUGGAAUCGGUUCAAGCACAUGACGAUGCGGUGAACUCGAUCGUUGUCGGGUGUGAUGGUUUGGUGUUUACCGGUUCGGCGGAUGGGACGGUGAAGGUAUGGCGACGAGAAUUGGAAGGGAAAGGGACAAUGCAUUUAUUGUCUCAAACAUUGUUGAAACAGGAUUGUGCUAUUACAGCAUUGGCUGUAAGCCCUGCUUCUAAGUUUGUUUAUUGUGGUUCUUCCGAUGGGUUGGUUAAUUACUGGGAAUGUGAGAAUCAUUUUUCUCAUGGUGGUGCUUUUAGAGGACAUAAAUUGGCUGUUCUUUGUUUGGUAACGGCGGGGAAUCUCGUGAUUAGCGGAUCGGCAGAUAAAUCGAUAUCGAUAUGGAAAAGAACGGCAGGGAACGAGCAUCGUUGGUUGUCGACGUUGAAAGGUCAUAAGGGUCCAAUUAAGUGUUUGGCGAUCGAAAAGGAUCAAGAAUCGACUGAAAAUGAGUGGAUUCUUUACAGUGGUAGCCUAGAUAAGUCGGUGAAGAUUUGGCGGGUAUCAGAGGAAGAACAGUCGAUUCAAAGCUCGAAUGAGAUUGAUUCAUCGGACGACAAACGUACGCCGACCUCAUCAUCAUCAUCGACUUAACUUUGGGGAAACGAUAAUGAAACGUAAUUUCGGGGCUCGACUCGAUCUCCAUGGCCUAAUUGAUGUUAUGUCAUGCCCAGAUUCAAAGAUAGAAGGAAAUGUAACGAAUUGCCGUUUUUUCAUUUUUUUUCUCCUCCUACUAAUUUUAUUUCGAUUCAAUGUUAGGCCAAUCUAUGUGUAGUUCAUGUUAUUUUCUUUUGAAUCUUCAUAUAUUUCU